AUGGGACGACGUAAGAUCGAAAUUAAAGCCAUCAAGGACGAUAGGAAUCGUUCUGUAACCUUCCUGAAGAGGAAGGGUGGUUUAUUCAAGAAGGCUUAUGAGCUCUCUGUAUUAUGUUCAGCCGAUGUUGCUAUCGUUAUUUUCGGAAACAAUAAGAAGCUCUACGAGUUUUCUUCAACCCAGAUCGAAGACAUCUUAGACAGAAGACAAUACUUUGGUGCACCCCACGAGAGGAAGGGCCCUGAUGACUACAUCAAUAAGGGUGGGAACAGUGAAGGUGAAGAUGACGAGGACGAGGCUACCGAGAUGAAUGGUAUGCGACAAUCUAAUUCUCCACCUAUGCACAACCGAGCAAACUCUUUGGGCUACAACAUGGCGGUACCCAUGCCUGGUCGUCACUUAACUCCCGGCCCCGGUCCUCAUUCCCGUCCAAUCAGUCGUAACGCUCCACAUCCCCACCAACGACAUAUGUCUGGAGGUGCUAUCAUCGGACCAAAUGGGCAGCCGAUACAUCCAGGAAUUGGCGGGCAACCGAACGGGUUCAACUUCGUGAAUCAAUUCAACCCGGCUGUCACUCAAGCCCAAGUUGCCACUAUCCCUCCCGGUUAUAGCUACACCCAGAACGGUCCUCACCCAAACAGCGCACAGGUUUUUAUGCAGCAGCAGCAGCAGCAGGAGAACCUGUUGAGGCGUCAAUCGAUGCCUAGCUCCCUACCACAACAACAACCUCCCCAGCACCAGCAUGAGCAACAGGUGCCUCCUCAUAUCAUACCUGACCAGCAACAUGUUCCUCAACACCAGCCACAAAUCCAAGUCGCCAAUGACCAACAAAUGCUGACCGGCGAAGAGGAAGAUGAAAUGGUCGAGGAUCCACCAGCUUCGGACGGUAUUACACGACUCCGGACCAAAUCACGAAGCAUCUUCACACCAAUUGCUGGGGAUUCCUCGCUGCUUGCCCAACAUUGGUUCGGACCGGAUCGAUCUCCCAUCAGAGCCAACUCGAUCGAUGUUGGAGCUAUGGCGAGGAAGAACGCUGCCGGGGAACCCUUGAUCAAGAGAGAGCCAAACGGUUCGGUGUCAGAGGACGACCCGAAGGCCCUCCCUUUAAUUAGGACGAGCACUGGGGAAAUCGGACCCCCAACUCGUACCCCAUCCAUGAUCAGUACACCCGGGGGCGGCCUAAAGCGCCCAGUUCUUAAGGUCCAGAUCCCUAAUGACGAAGAAGAGGACGCCAAUACCAAUACUGGUGGCACUUCCCCACAAAAUUCUGGCUUAACUGCCGACCCUGUUUCCGCACGCCCACAUGAACCACUCCCACCUGGUGCUGUUCUUCCGCCACCUUCCCCGAGCGUUGGUAACAGUGCUCCAUUGAGUGCCGGCGGCUCCGGUCCUCCAAAUCCGUUCGCCCGCCCCCCUCCCACUUCUGCCGCCAACAACUUGCUUGACCAGACUCCAAUCUCGGCUCUCCCUAGCCGAUUUGUAGAGAAUAUGCUUCCAUCCCCCUCCGCCUUUUUCUCAUCCGAUUGGGCGACCGGUGGACUCCGUGGCGAUGAUAAUCUUCUACCAAGUCCUCUCAAUUUCAAAACUCCUACAAUUGGCCGACUGUAUGAUGACGAUAAUACUGCUUCGAAACGGAAGUCGCCUGAUUCGAUGGAUGUAGAUUCCGGAUCGACCACCACCACCAAAAGGGUGAAGACUUAG